CUAUCCAGGCGUGCUGUUGGGAUUGCUAGAUUAAAGCAGGCUGAGAAUCUAGGCCUAGGUCACGAGGAGGCUAGAUAUAUAAUAAUGGUUCUCUGUCCAACUAAAGAAAAGGAAACCAAGUCAGCAACGGAGACAAGUAGAACUUUUGCAACUCUUUUUGCAGACAUCAAUUUCCGCACUAAACUCCAAAGUGUGCCUAGCGAGAACAUGUUUAAGGACAUGAUAGCUGGGCAUGCCAGGGAGUUGGUGACAAGUCAAACAUAUUCUUUAGAGAACGGUGAGGGGGAGGAGGCAAGACAGAAAUGUGCUGGGAAGCAUUGGUAUCAUCUUGGUUCAGGGAUGUAUGAGGAUUUAAGGCAGAGGCUACCAUUCUACCUUUCCGACUUUAUCGAUGGAUUUAUCGGCGAUAAAACAAUUCAAAAAACUAUUUCUGCGACAAUAUUUCUUUACUUUGCCUGUAUACUUCCUGCCAUUGCCUUCGGGGUUCUUAAUGCUCAAAAUACAGAUGGAAAAAUUGGUGUAAUGGCUGCCAUUGUUGGACAAUUUAUAGGUGGAAUUAUGUUUUCUUUAAUGGCCGGGCAACCCCUGGUAGUAAUAAUGACAACUGCUCCCCUAGCAUUGUAUAUUAAGAUAAUAGUAGCAGUCGCGGAUGAACAUGAAAUGGAUUUCUUUGCUUUGUAUACAAGUGUUGGUUUGUGGAAUGCGUUGUAUAUUAUCAUAUACGCUUUAACCAACGCAACUAAACUGAUGAAAUACUCUACGAGGUCGACAGAGGAGAUAUUUGCUCUCUUCAUCUGUAUAGCAUUCACCUUCGAUGCACUUAAGGACACAAUCAAGGACUUCAACAAAAAUUAUUUCACAGAAGAAUGCGCAAAGUUUGACAGUUUGAUGGUUAGCAACGCGACUCUGGACUCCCCAGCAGAUAUCCCUGUCUGUCACAGAGAGAAUUCUAUUCUGUUCUUGCUGUUGAUGUUGGGAACACUGUGGUUAGCAACAACACUUUACAAUUUCAAUCAGACUCCAUACUUGCAGGCGAAUAAAAGAGAGAUACUUGCUGAUUAUGCUUUACCAGUUGCAGUGGUUUCAUUCAGUUUUAUUGGAAGUGUUCUUUUCAAGGAAGUUUCAUUAGAUCAAUUCCAAGCUAGAGAGGUUCAUGAAGUUUUCAUACUUCCAGCCUGGUCAAACUUCUCUCUCAAGGUUGUAUUGUCUGGAAUGAUGUUAGGAUUUCCUCUUUCUCUUCUGUUCUUCAUGGAUCAAAAUAUUGCCGAGAGUAUGGUCAAUAGCCCAGAUAAUAAACUAGUUAAAGAACAUAGAAUCAGUAACCUUGUCUCAAAUAUUCUAAUUGGAGUCUCUGUUAAACUUAUUCCAAGACCCUUGAACUAUAUACCUAUUCCUGUUCUGGAUGGACUUUUUCUAUACUUAGCUGUGACAGCAGUGUCUGGAAAUCAAAUGUUUGAAAGAUUACAGCUCCUGUUCAUGGAGCAGACUGCGUAUCCUCCAAACCAUUACAUUAGGAGAGUUCCACAACGAAAAAUUCAUCAAUUUACUGCAUGCCAGGUGGUUCAGCUACUACUACUGUGUGUACUGGGCUUCUGGCCGUAUCCCUAUAUAAAGAUGAUUUUCCCUCUUAUGCUGUUUUCCUUCCUGCCUAUCAGAAUGCUAAUCAUUCCAAGGUUUAUUGAAAAUAAAUUCCUUCAAGUUUUGGAUGGAAUCCAUCAAUGACAGGAACCAGCCCCCCUUCAGGGGCACAAGGCCCUUCUUCCUGGGCAAACUCAACCUGGACCUUAUCAAUGGACAGGGUCGAAAAUGCCCCCACCUCCCCCUCCAACCCAAACUAUUGCCACAUUCUCCCCGCCCCCUCUUCUUAGUACUUCAGCUCGGGGACCUCUUCAACGUAGAAAGCUGAUUGAGAAAGCUGCCCCAGAAGCUGUAUCAACCCGUAGAAAUGUAUUAAUAGUACCUAAUAAACCUAAGAAAGCUGUACCCAGCAUGUUAAGGCAGGAGAGUAGAAUAAAGCUGCAGAGUACAGGGGCUGGUCAUCUCCAGGUCACUCGGGCUCUCUCUCUCAACACUGGGAACCCCCUCGGUAAAACCGGUUCUUUGAAGAGUCUUGAUAUUCGUUCUUCCCGGCACAGAGGGUUCCGGUCCCACUCUAAUAUGAGAGAACUGGAGUGUGCAGGCGUAGACCUGGAUCUUGGUCUGCCCAAGACAGGAGUAGGGGUUACAACUGAUAUUUGUCCAGGAGACUGCUUUAAAUCAUUAAACGGUGCUGAAAGUAUUGACUAUCAAGCUCAUAUCACACACUUAAACUCUUCAGCUCAGUUAAGCUCACCCGACGGAGGUUCGUCUAUGCAUUCUACAAUUGAUAGAAGUUCCUCCAAUCAUACCUCGUUAAAUUUACAAUCAUACAGCCCGCCUCUUCUCUUCAUGGGACCAGAGUCUCCUGGUCAUCAGAAUAGUUUUAUCAACUCUUCUCCCACUCAUCCUUAAACAAAAACAUCGGAACUUCGUAAGAUUAUUUUUACAUUAAGGCUUCCCCACAAAGGAUGAGAAAGUAAAGACGACUUUAACUUAACUUAAAAAAUAUAACGUCCCUAAGUUUGAAUUAAGUCUUCUGGCGCGGAUAAAGUCAUAAAGUCAGUAUAUAUUUCGUAUAGUCGUCUCUGAAGUCUCAUUCUUUGUUGGUAACCCUGUAGAAAAGUACAAGGCAUUUUUGGCAAUAUUCUUCCUUCAAAAAAACUAUGUUUUUUCUUAUGUUUUGCCUUAAACUAAUCGUGAUUCGUGAGUUUUUAAAAAAGGCUUAUAUGCUGUAUUUAAAAAAUGUCGAAUUUUAAGAAAAUGCAUCUCAUAAUUUUUUUAAAAGUUUUACAUCAGUAAAUCAGGUUAACAAAAGCGGGAAUUUUUCCUAAUCCGACAUUUUUUUUUCUUAAAUUAAAUAUACCAUAAGCUUUAUUAAAUUUCACUGAAUAUAAAGGUCAAGAAAAAAUGCCAAAGACCAACUUUCUAAUGACCAAUUUAGUUAGGUUAAUCCCCCCCCCCCCCCAAUUCUAUUUCCUAAAAUCCACCUGCUCCUGGCUUCAGAUCAAUAGUUAAACCAACAAGAAAAUUUAAAUAAUUAAAAUCUUCUACAAACUUAAAUUCAUGUUUUUUGUUAAAGGAAUAUCAUUUUCUUUUUUCUAAUUAUUGCUUGAGUUUUAUUGGGCAAAAAAUACAAGUCUCACAAAAUGUUUUCCAUCUCUGUAUGUUGUUUACAAAUAUUAGAAAACAUUAUAAAGUUCUGGCUAAAUUUUGAUAAGGAAUAUUUAUUACACAAAUGUUAUUUAUUUACUUAUAAAUAUAUAAUUAAUGAGCGAAUUGAAAAUAUUUCCCAUAUACAAAAGAUCAUGUUAUGUUUAGUAUUAAACAAAAGUAUAAUUAAUUGUGAUUAAACUGAUUUUUCAAUGCAAUAAAACUUAUUUUACUUUUGGAUUGAAAUACGAAUUUUAUUGUUUUGAUCCAUUAAUUGAAAAUAAAAUGUGUACAACAAUUUUCCUCUAAAUUCAAAACUUUUGAAUUAAUCGACCAAAUUUAAACCAAUUCUUACGAGCUAUUCUUUUAUCUCUUCUUUCGGAACUAAAUUUAAUGAAUUUUAGCUAAGUUGCUGAACUGUAUAGUGUCAGUUCAAAUUUGAAUCACCGAUUCAUGAAUAAAGAUUAAGGAAGAAUUUAAAUCGGUGAUCACUGAUCAGUCAAAUUUGAGCCGGCGCGACGGUAGGCAGUUCACAUUCAUUAAACAGAGAUGGAAUUUAAAGAAUUUGAGCCGCCGUUUAAAUCUGCCAAAACCCGGUUUAAAUUAAGCGCCGGCUUAA